AAUCUUUGAUCAUUAGCCAGUCGCACGAUAAUCUACGACGACGAGAACGACGUUACGACAAAAAAAAUAUUGCUCGACUCUCUUUUUUAUCCAACAAAAGGAAAAAAUCAUGAAGACCGUUGCCAUUUUCGUCACUUUGUUUUUCGCCCUUGCCCUGGCAGAAGAUGAGGACAAUUGUCCGCUUGGUGAGGCCCUAAAAAAGAACAUCGAUAUAUGCAUUGAAGAGCUCAAUCCUUCGGAAGAAACUCUUAAGCUUAUGUCAGAGAACAAAGGCAUAGAAAACCCAGAAGUUCAAUGUUUCUGGGCCUGUUUGAUGAGGAAAGGCGAUUUGAUGAAAGAUGCCAAGUUCCAGUUCGACAAACUGGAAGAAUUGAUUAAAGAAGAUGAGGAAUUAGACUCCAAAAAGGCGGAGGAAAUAACCGAAAUGAUAAAGAGUUGCAAAUCGGAGGCGGAGGUGAGCGACGAUGAAUGCGAAGUAGCAGCUAAAUACGGAAUGUGCCUGGAUGCGAAAAAGAAGGAAAAGCAGUGAAUUUCCACUCAAAGAUGCGGCAUUUAUUUUUAUUAUAUAACCCAAAUCGGAAAAUGGAGGCCAGUAAAAUGGGGUGAAAAAUUAGGCAAUUAUUCAAGCACGCGGUCAGUCAAAUUGUACUAAAUACACAAUGCGGAAUGCUUAAUAAAACAUACGUUCAAUAUUCUACAUUAAAAA